GGGGGACAACUACGGUUUAAUAGCAGUCAAGACGACACACCUCACUACUCCGACCUACCUGCAAGAGCCUCUUCUCUCGACACACAACCGCUUACCGAGGCCACUGAUUAUAGCGUCGUUUCGAACAUCAGUCAAGAUGCCGCUAGUCGUCCUACCCGCCCAGCAGUCCGACAUCAAAGUCUUGCACGACAUCUACUUCGCAGCCUUCAAGAACGAGCCGGUGAUGGGUUUCCUGUUCCCGGGAGGCGUCGACCGGGAGGCCUACGACCAAGUUAUGAAGGACUCCUGGGGGCACGAUACCAACGUUUACCCGAUCAAAUGUGUCGAUACCGAUACCGGAGAGAUCGUCGGGAUAGCCAACUGGGAGAUUUUCUGGCGGCCGGGCGCCGAGAAUGGCUGGAAGAUGCCCGAGGGCAUGCCCUGGCUCACGGGAAAGGAGCGGGAGAGGAGCGAGAGUGUCAUCAUGCCCGUAUGGGAGAUUAGGGAUCAGCUGUUUAGUGGGCGUAGACAUGUUUACCUUCAAACUACGGCGGUACAUCCAGACCACCAACGUCGCGGCGCUGGGACACUGCUCUUACGAUGGGGAAUGGAAGUGGCCGACAAGCUCGAACUUCCACUAUACCUCGAGGCUACGGGGACUGGGCUGCUGCUAUACGAGCACGAAGGCUUCGAAAGGUUGACGCAUGUCCGCAUAAUCCAAAAGGCAGAGGCUACUGGUUUCGAGACGGAUAUCGAGGUUCCCUUGAUGGUGAGGUUGCCGAGCAAAGCCGGGGGCAUUAGCUUCAAGGAGUGGGCAGACAAGGGCUACCCGGAGAGUUACUAGGCUGAAAAUUGUCUGCCGCAACGAAUUAGCAUCUGCGUCGUAGUGUAGGGUAGUAGGUAGGGAGACUUAUCCCCUAAAAAAGGGGGCCGCCUCCGACUCAAUCAAGAGAUGGAGAAGGAGACAGCCU